ACGACAUAGUUGUGGAGACGAGCAGGCGAGGCCCAGGCAAGGGAAUAACCGUAGAGGUAGAGUAGCCUUAUCCGGGCGGUACAAAAUGAAACGAUGCCCAACAUAAAAUUAGCAUUCUUCCCCACAAAGCAGCACGCACUAAACACGAAACAGAUGUUUGACCCGAACCCGUUAUCUCUAAGUGUUCCCGAACCCGAAUUCGAAUCAUGGCUCCGCGACUCCGGCUACCUCGAAAUCGUUGACCAGCGUUCCACCGACCUCCACCGCCUCUCCACCGCCGCCAAGCCCUCUAAUUCCGCCGCCGCCGACUCAGCCACCACUUCGAUUAGUACCAACGGAGUAUUCCUCGUCUCACGAUUCUUCUCCCGCGUCUGGACUCUGCUAUCGCUGCUCACCUUCAACCCUCUGUCGAAGCUCGCCGCCAGCGACUUCUCCGGCGACACACCGUCCUGGACUCUGGCGUUCUUCGGCUCUUCCGAAUCCUACUCGUUCCCGUCUUCUCGCUCUCAGGCUCGCCUUCGUGUCCGCGAGAACGUCAAGCGCUUUGCUCGCAACUACACCACCCUCUUCGUUCUCUUUUUUGCUUGCUCUCUGUAUCAGUUGCCUAUAGCUCUUUUUGGCCUUCUUUCGUGUUUGGCGCUUUGGGAUGCAUUUAAGUUGAGCGGUGAUCGAUGGGGUUUGGACAGAUACCCUCUCUUAAGACAAGCUCUGAUUCGUACUGCUCAAUGUUGUGAGUUGAUUUGCCUCCUUCGUAUUUUCUUUGCAUCAAUGGCAUACUUAAACAAAAAGCUAGAUGGGUAUAUUAUGUUUUUGUUUACAAUAUCAAUUCCUUCUAUCGUUCAAAAGAUUCUUCAGGAUAAUGUUGGCGUGCAUCCCCCAUUAGGAUUCACCAAUCUCUAGUUAGGGUUUCUUAAUCUCCAAUUAGAGUUUGAUAAUUCUUAAUUAGGAUUUAUUAAUCACAAUUAGGAUUUAAUUAGGGCUGAUGCAUAGUGCAUCUGGAUGUAACUAUGUAAGCUGUGCUUUCUUUGCCUCUGGAUGUUGUUAGCCUAAUAUUGUUAUGCGCUACUGUGGGAUCGACACUACGUGUGUCUGAGAGGACAAUCGUGAUUCUUGGCACUAAAAAUGCUAUAUCAGGGAAAAGGAAAAGCUAAGCUGAUUUCUUGUUUCUCUUUACCCCAUUAUGCUUUUUGCCAAGUUUCAGAAGGUUGCGAAAAGGAAGAUGGCAUGAGAAUGGUUGAGGGAGUUUUCGUAGUUUAAUUACUUGGAAAGUGGUGGUGGGACAUUUCUUGGGGCUGGUUAGAUUGAAUGGAGGUCAGGUUUGUGUUAAAACCUUAAAAGCUUAAAUUGAUUAUUUAGCUUAGGAGAACCUAGGGAAUGAACAUAGCUGUUUUGAGUUGCAUUAUACCAGUAUUUCUCAAAAAUAUGGUGCUCUUCCUCAUCAAAAUUCUUUCCUAUUGAAGCUACUCUAAUCAGCUCCAUGGCAUCCUCUAGAGACCAAUAUUUUUUGUUGGUAAAUAUUGUUGGAUUCUUCUAGUUAACUUUGUUAGUGAGUUCAUUAAGAAGUAUACUUCUUGCUAGUUGUCCUUUCUUCUAAGGUUAGAUAGUUUUUGUCUUCUGCCAUUUGAAGAGAUUAUUAUGAUAAACUCUUUUUCAUCAGGAGCAAACUUUGUCUGCGAUUAUGUGCCUUAAGAAUAUUUACUAGUCUCAAUUCUUGCAGUGGCCGGAGUAAUCCUGUUUAUUUCCAAUGUCCAGUUCGCCAUUUUCUGUGCAACUGGAGUCAGUUUUGCAGGUAUAUGUGUCCUCGCGAUCAUUGUUUCACUAUAUCGUUGCUUGUCCUUCAGGGGCUUCUAGCUAUGUAUAUGAGUUUGUUCACUAACUUUUAUUUCUACAGUCAUGAUUCUACAUGCUUCAUUUAGGAAAUUGACCCCGGCAAAGCAACCUGAUCAAAGAGGUGGAUAUAGGAUGAUGGCUAGGCGACAAGGCUAGGCAAUUCACUAUUUUGGACACAAUAAUUCUUGCAUGUAGUACAUGGUUUCCUCUGCUCAAGGCGAUUUGCGGACAAAGAAAUUCCUGUUGUAUCUCAGAAGACUCGCAGCUUGAUAUAGCGUUGGGUAGGUCUUUCAUCGCCGUCCCCAAUGUGAUGAAAUUGCACCAGCAGUCGUAUUUUACUUCUUCCUAAUAUGAUAAAUCAAUUUUUGUAGCUAUACAGCAUAGUUUGAUAUAAUUCCUGUAUUUUGAUGUAAUUAUAAAUUUUUACUACUGAAACUGCAGGCUUGCUUGGAUCUUAUUUUAAAUGUUAAAUGAGAUGUGUGUUGCACCGUCAUAAA